AUGGGUAUCCCGAUGUGGCGUGAGCCUUCCAAGGCCGAUAUACAUAAGUCUGCUAUCGAGAAGGACCGCACUGCUGCUGCGCGUUCGACCAUCGGCCGUCGGGGCUCGUCGCGCCACGGUAUCUCUCGUGCGCGCCGGAAUGUUUUGGCUUCGUUUCAGUCGCAGGUUAUCGAUGAGCUCCGACGCGGUAGUGAUCUCCCCCGGCGAUCUCCUGUGCAGAACAACGGGAUGAGUGAGGAUGGAAUGACAUUGGCGCAAGCUCAACGCGAGGCUUUCAGCAGGGGUCCUUCCUCGCGCCGGAAUCACCGUCAGCGGUCCGAUCAAUCCUACUCCCUGCGUGAAAAUCAAGCCUUGACCGACCUGCUUGGUCGCCCAGGCUUUCACCCUCAGAGCUUCCGCAACGGUAGCCCAUCGUUCACCCCGAACUUUGCUCCAGCUGCCGCGUACCAUACCCGCGGCUCCUCAACUCCCUCCUCGGACGACAUGCGACUUCCGCCCCUGCGUCGCACAGACAGCCCCAGUGAUGAGCCUUCCUUCUUCAUGCCGUCAAGCCUCAUUCGCAUCAAUCGAAACGCGGCCCAGCCAACUCGACUGAACCGGGAGACCGUGAUGGAUGGGCUUGGGGAUCGCCAACGCAGCCCGAGUCCUGACGGAGAUCGCGAUACUAUCGCGUGGGAAACUUUGUUGUCGACCAUCACGCCCGAUGCCACGCUACCUUCCAAUGACACCUCAUUCGCCUCGAGUUCCGCUUCUGCGCCUGAUGCUACUCGCAAUGGAACUACUCGCGCCUCUACCAACUCGACUCUACCAUCUUCCUUGAGCACUACCCGCAACACCGCGCUCGACCCUUACCCUGACCAUCUCAACCCUUGUGACUUUUCUUCUUCGGACGACGAGGAUACACCUGUAAAUUACCGCCGGUUCAUUGGUCAGCCCAGCACCAUGCCCCUCUCGCUCCAACGUUUCCCAGAUAUCCGCUCGACCCUGAGCAGGCACCCUCCCGUUCCUACUAUUUCACUUUCCAUCACCGACCACAAUAAUGACGAUCUCCAGCAGAUGCAGGCCAUCCUGGAUCGACUUGCCCGCCGUGAAGACAUUCCGGACGACUGGUGGGCGGCCGCGGGUCUGGCACGAACGCUCGACCGAGGUCUCAGCGCGAGCAUGGACUCGACGGACAACGAAGGCGCUUCUCAGCCUAACCGCGGUGACCUUUGA